UACGCUGAACCAAUAUUAGGGCUUGGUUCAGUGUUGCGAGAAAUGAAUAAGGAGAUUCUUAAUGCCUUACGAGAGGUCCCUGAGAAGGCUCCUGAGAAAGCCACUAGAUUGUUUCUGCAAGAAGUAAAUGAAAUACUUCCGGAGGAUUGGAAGGAUAGUGAUGAGGUCAUUCCAUAUCGGCGUUAUGCUGCAAUUCUACGCAUUUUUGCAAGCAAUCCUGCAAUGGCUCAGGUUUAUCUGGGAUUCAGUAAUAGCUCGAAGGAGCAGCGAUGUGCUUUUAUAAUGGAUAUACUUGAGGAGUAGGGGGGGAAAAAGUAGGGGGAAUGUGGGUGAAAAGUAGGGUGGUUCGGUGAAGAUCUUUGUACUGUAACUUACAUAGUCAAUCAUAGUAGUUAUAGAACAACAUUCUAAGCCGAGUGGAGUUGGUUGACAAAUCCAGUCCCGAAGAAUCGGGCUUGGCAG